AUGAGUCCCAUCCCACCCACGCAGCAACCACGGGCGCGCGACCUGGAGCCGGAGGUUCAAACCUACCUGGCCGCGAUUUCGCAGUCCACAGAUGCCCUCCGGAAGCUCUAUCCCCUCGACACGCCCGAAAAGGCCGAUUUGGCCUCGCCCUUGUGGGAUGAGAUUUACACCGCCAUCGGCUUCACCACGCUAGAUGUCGAGUUGGAGCAUGCUAUCCUAACUCACAAGUCGACGGCCGAGUUGAUGCCAGCGGUCCGUGAAGCGACGGUCCAGUGUGAGGCUGCGUUUGAGAUUAUCACCGCCCGUCGGCUGGUGCAGGCUAGGGACCCGGAUGAAGCCCGCGAAAUCCUCAACAAUGGCCCAAUCCACCCCUUCUACGUGCACUUCGCCAAUUUAGAAUGGACCACACUUCUCAACGCAGUCGGCAAAACGCCCCAGUCAGUCGCCAUCCUCGGCUCGGGCGCGCUGCCCGAGACCAGCAUCUGGAUCACCGACUGGGCCGCAGCCCACGGGACUCAAAUCCACGUCCACAAUGUCGAGCUCGUCCCAGACCGACUUGAGCUGAGCCGUGGAGUGCACCAGGCACUCGGUUUAUUAGACCAGUCAAGCAAUGCCAGUGUGAGCUUUGAGACUGGUGAUGCUAGGAAUGCGCCGUCGGAUUUGAGUGUGUAUGAUGCUGUGUAUUUCAACGCUACCGUUGGUUCGACGGUUGAGGAGAAGGAGAGUAUCUUGUUGGAUGUGGUGAGCCGGAUGAGGAAGGGGGCCCAUAUGGUCACGCGGAGCACAUAUUCGUUGAAGACGAUGGCGUACCCGCCGGUAUCUCUCCAGUCACCCCGCGUUUUGGGCAAGCUUCGGCCUGUUUUGACGCUGCAUUCCAGCGGGGAAGUAGGGAAAACAGUCAACGCGACUGUGAUUGUUUCUCGGGUUCUGUAG